AUGGGUGUGCUAACUACAGGUUUCUUCGUUAGUUUUCUGGGGGUCCUCGGAGUCAGUGCUGAGUUAAUAGCUGUUGUACAGGUGGUUCGACAUGGUCAAAGGACACCUGUAAGAUUUUUUCCAACCAACAAAUAUUCUGAUAGAUCCUAUUGGGGAAAUCUUGGAUCAGGAGCGUUAACAAAUGAAGGUAAGCGCCAACAUUUUGCUUUGGGUCAAUACACAAGAAGAAGAUAUCCAAAUUUUCUUCCCUUGAAAUAUAACGCAUCAAGUUUCCUCGCUUAUACAACAGAUGUUGAACGCACCCAUAUGUCGGCACAAAGCAAUGUAUAUUCCCUCUUUCCAGCUACUGAUGAGCAGGUGUGGCAUAGAAACGUGAAUUGGCAGCCAAUUCCCAUUCACCCAAUAAGCAUUGAUGAGUUUUGGGGAGACUCGUCGUGUGCUAACUUUUAUAAAUUAAGAACUGAAGCUUUAAAUGAUGAAUUGUCCCAAUCUAUCAACGAAGAAUAUGCAGAAGUAUACAAAUAUAUUAAUAAGUAUAGUGGAUUAGAUAUUAGAAGUUAUUAUCAAAUUCACACCGUUUUUGACGAUUUUAAGAUUCAAGAGGACGUAGGACUACCUCUCCCAGAUUGGGCUAAAGCUGUUUACCCAGAACCUAUAACUUCUAUUGCUGGGUGGUUUUUUGAGGUCUUUUCUAGGACAAUACAAAUGAAGAGACUAAUUAAGGGAAGAUUUCUGAACAAAGUAGUAGAAUACUUCGAACAAAUGGCAGUCGAUCCAAGUUCUUGUGAAAAAUAUCAAUUUUACAGUGGUCAUGACAGCAACAUCGCGUCACUCUUAAACUCUUUUGGAUCCUUCAGACCCCCUUAUCCACCAAAUUUUGCAAGUACAGUUUAUAUUGAGCUCCAUUUUGAAAGCUGGCAGCAUGUGGUAAAGGUUUUUAGUAAAGAUGGAGACAACGUAAAACAAAUUAGUGUUAAUGGAUGUACAUUGAGCUGUCCUCUGUCAAAAUUUAAAGAAGUCCUUAGUGAGAUUUUAAUCGAUAAGGAAACUUUUGAUGAAGAAUGUAGUAACAUCAAAGAUACGAGUGCACUAAAAAAAUUUUUAUUAGCGGACAGUAAUACGUCGAGAGUAACUACAGAAGAAAUAAGGAAGACCAGUUUUUUAACAUAA